ACCGCUGUGUCCUUUUCUGCAUCAACAUGAAUCAUCAAGUAUAAAUAUAAACCUCGGUAAAGUCCCUUUGGCCGUGCGUUGAGGUUUGCAGUUUAGCUUGUAUUCUGACAAUAGCGCUCGGAAGAGUUGGUAAGAAUUUCAUGGCUCCCCUUCUAGCAGUGAACCUGGUGAUUCAUCUCAUCGUGGUUGGAUUGGCAGGUUGGUCACUUGAUAAGUACAUCGACGGCGAACAAAAUCACCCACAUUUGGGAGGGAAUACAUCGACUAGCUUCAUGUUGAUCUUUGCUCUCAUUGCCGGAGCGUUUGGUGCUUGUUCUGUGAUCGUAGGAAUAAUGCAUCAGCGGGCAUGGCAGCACGAAAGCCAUGCUGCUGCAGCUUCUCUAGCCAUCAUUUCCUGGGCUAUGAUAGCACUGGCUUUCGGUUUUGUAUGCAAGGAGGUCAUAUUAGGGAGACACAGAGGAAAACGACUGCAAACAUUGGAACUUCUUAUUGUAAUAUCACUGCUAAGCCAGUUGCUCUACUUGGUGCUACUGAAUGCCGGGCUGUUCAAGAGGAGAUAUGGACCAACUGUAAUCUGAGUUCUAUGCCUCUCACUACUAGUUAUCUCUUAGCUGAUAGCACGGUUUGUUUUGUAAAUCUGUUUUAAGAGCUUGUAAAAUUCCCUACGUACAUUUUGCUUGCCGGAGCAUCAAAGAGAUACCUAUGAUGGAACUAUGGGACAAUGAGGAAGAAAAAGACAUAACAAUGGAACUAUGGAAGGCGGCAAUAUAAAGAAAUAUUGGGAGAAAGCAUAACGUUAUAAAGCCAAUCUCCAUAAACACAAGAUGGCAGCA